CCUUUCCGCUCCUUGGGACCGUCUUCCCCGAAGGGUGACGGGCAGUGCUAGGACCCAGCAGAAACCUUCACACCCAGCCUGGGCGGCUGCAGAGACACCUCCCCGCAACUCCCCGAGAAGCUGGAGAAGCCCCCGCUGGAGGGAGCCGGAGAGCCCCCGCCCCCGCCUGCAGGGCGCCGCGGGAGUCCCGCUGGCUGAGGCGCCCUGGGAGCUGCUCCAGCCACCUCGCGGGAAGCAGCUGGUGCUGGAAGAUGGCGAGCCGCAGCCUCCUGCCGCUUCUCCUCGGCACCCUGGGGGCUCUGUGCUAUCAUAAAGCAUAUGGAAUCUCUGUCAAAACGGACAAUCAGCAUGUUACAGCAAAGGAGUUUCAGGAGGCUAUGCUUAGCUGUAAGUACUCAGCUGGAAAGGGUAUUAUUCCAAGAGUAGAAUGGAAGAAACUCUCAUCCCGUGAUGUCUCAUUUGUGUACUACAAAGGUGACUUAGUAGGUGAUCUGAAAGGCCGAGCAGAGAUGAUAGAUUCAAGCAUACGAAUUAGAAAUGUGACCAGAAAAGAUUCUGCGAGAUACCGUUGUGAAGUUAGUGCGCCGACUGAACGGGGACAAAAUCUGGCAGAGACUAUUAUUACUCUCACAGUGUUGGUGGCCUCGGCAGCUCCAUCGUGUGAAGUGCCCAGCUCAGCGAUGAGUGGAACAGUAGUACAACUGAGUUGUAAAGAAAAUGAAGGGUCUCCUGCUUCUGAGUACAAGUGGUAUAGGAAUGGUGUUGCUUUACUGGAAAAUACAGGAACAGGCAGUGCUAAAAUAGGAAACAUUUCUUACACCAUGAAUAAAAAGACUGGAACAUUGCUAUUUAACACAGUUUCAAAGAAGGACACUGGAGAGUAUUACUGUGAAGCCUCUAAUGGAAUUGGACUUCCUCAAAAAUGCUCUGUGAAGCGAAUGCAAGUUGAUGACCUUAAUAUAAGCGGAAUCAUAGCUGCUGUAGUAGUUGUGGCUCUGGUAAUGGCAUUAUGUGGCCUUGGGGUAUUUUAUGCACAAAAAAAAGGUUACUUUUCAAAAGAAAGCUCUUCUCAGAAGAAGAGUUCUGACUAUAAAUAUACCCCAAGUGAAAAGGGUGGUAUGGAAGGGAAAGGGACCCCUUGGAGCCUUUUCCAUCCCCUCUCCCCCACAUCCCCUUAAGCAGAGAGAGCAGAUCAGAAAGGUGGAACCUAAAGCAUUGCCUCUCUUCUCCUCUACACCCUGUCUGGCAGCACUGGAGGGUAAGGCAGCAAGCUCCUUACUGUAUAAAGCUACUGGCAUUAGCCAUCAAGUGGAAUGAACACUAGAGCAAAGGUUCUCAAACUCUGGUCCACAGAGCACUUGCUGCUGGUCUAUUGAGAGCUGGCUAGUCACAGGGUGCUGGCAGCUCUAUCUCCUCCUUAUAUCUACCUGCUAAAUCAAAAUUUAUUAAAAAAAAAAAGUUAAAAUCACUUUCCAUGUAAAGCAAUUGCUGCAGUUAGGCACACAAUGUUACAUAAGUAAGUGUGUGUGAGAGAGAGAGAGAGAGAGAGAGAGAGAGUAGUGUACACAAGACAAUCAAGAUGGUGCACACUAUGAAAGAGUGAGAAGAUACUAUGCACUAGAGAUGAUCCAAUGGCUAGGUUUGCUUAGAGAAACAUUGGAUCUGUAAUAUUAGCUCAGCUUUGCAACAUAUGUCAAGAAAACUCAACAGCACCUGCAAACACUUCCUAGUCCACCUUCACUACAAACACCAGCAUAUGCAACUUCCUUCCCCACACAGAUGCACCCAGAAGCAGUCCCUGUCUCCUCAAACCUACAUUUUACACUGCUCUGCUCUACCUCUUUCAUUUCACAACUGUUUCUCACACAUCGGGCAACCACAGCACCCCACCACCUACAUUAUUCAAAUCCUCCCAACAAACUCAGUCACACACCUGAUUUACCCAUCUCAUCUCACCCACCCGUCAUCCUUCUAUUCACCCAGUCUCAGCUCUUUCCUGUUCUGUCAACUUCAUCCAUUUACUUCCCUUCCUCACUCAAACCCAACCCACAAUUACUAUGUUCCCUUCAGUGUACCUCAACAGUAGUGCCAAAACUAGAGCAGAUGUCUCAGACACUGCAGCAUUAGUUGACCCCACUGAGGGGCUGGAUAUUCUGCUUUAACCUUGCUCCAGUGGCCCCUUCCCUGAGCUGCUGGGAUCUCUGGCUGGAGGCAACGCAUGGAGCUAUGUACCUCCCGUUUGCUUCCCUAGGCCUGAGGAGGGGACCAAAGAAGCUGGGCAAUGGGAGGAGGCUGCAAGGUGGCAGAGUAGGACUGGCUUUGGGCCUGGCCCUAGCUUCCUAUAGGGGAGGAUUAGGAUCAGUAUGCAACAAGCCUGACCAGAAUAGCGGUAACUCCAAAACACCAGCUAAUUUUAAUUCUCACAACUCAUGAUGGGGGGGUCCCCAAAAAUUUCAUUGAUCCAGUGCAGCUUCUGCUGUUAAACUGAUACAGGGAGUGAUGCUCCACCUAUAGGUCUAGCUAUGAAAUAGCAACAGCUGCUCUCAGGACCUACCAGAUGGCAGUCAGUAUUGGUUAUAGCUGGCCACCAUAAGUGCUCUAUUAAAGCUACCCUCUGUCCUUAAAUCUGAACACCACGGAACUUAAGCAGUGGUUUUUUGAUUUCCUCUUUUGGUGGUGAAAAUUUCUUGCUUUGUCUCUCUCUUCACUGAAAUAUUGGUAAACUCUAGUUGUGGGGUGCAUUCAUCAACUGCAGUAUAAUUGCACAUCAUCAGCAGCUAUAAUUGGAGUAUUCAAAAGGAAAGAAACACAGCAGUUUUACCUUUUUCCCCUUGAUCUUAAAUUCGUCCCACUGGGACACUUUUUGAACUGUAGUAGGUAUAUCAUUUACAAAUGUGUUUUGUGGGUUUCACUCCUCAAAGGGAAUUGAAAUGGUAUGCUCGCUGAUGAGCCAGAGGUUUAUCUGCCUACUAUUCUGUUGCUCUGGGAAGGGGUUUGGUCUCAUUACUAAGACUUCAUAGCAUUUUUUGUUGCUGUAUGCUUGGUGUUUGCUUCUUUUGCCAACCUGGAGACACAAGUUAAGUUCUACAGAUGUUUAAGUGUAAUGAAUACUGAAAGCAUUUGAACUAUAACUUGUCACCUUACCCUUUUCUUUUUUUCCAUUUAGGAUUUCAAGCACACCAAGUCCUUUGUUAUUUAGAAGAUUUCAGCCUCUCUGAGAGACACACAGUGACUACUUGUUAUACAAAAUAUUAAAGGGAUUUUUUUUUAACUCUUCUGCAAAUAUUUGGAUUUGUUUUGAGAUGGCAUACACUGAAAGCAGAAAGUUUAUUGAAAUGUCUAGGAGCCGAUGUUACAAACCUAAUCGUGGACUGUACAACUGUUCAUAUUGUUAAAAUACCAUUAUUUCUCUAAUUUAAGGAUAGUAGUAUGUAGAUUUCUUCUCAUCCUGGUUAUGUAUCUACACAGCAAGGGGACUCAUUACUAAGCAAAUUCAUGCUCAUGAUCUUUACAGAUUAGCGUUAGAAGUUUUUUGACCACUCAAACCUAGUGCUUUGUAGUGUCUACAUCUAAAAGACAAUGUGAAGGGCUCUAACUUUUGCCAUUUUUCAGUUUUAUUAGUGCCAUGACUUUUCUAAUAAUCUGUCAGACCAUGCAGUCAAGUGAACAAUUCUGAUAACAACUCAAGUUUAUACUUGUACAGUAACUGUGGUUCACCCUCUCUAUAAUAGAGAACCUCCAAACAGUGUUCUGCUGUGGAGGAGUGCUUUUCAAUCUUUUUUCAUUUGCCAAUCUUUACAAAAUUUCAAAUGGCAGUCCGGCCUCCUUUAGAAAUCUCAGACAUAGUUUGCAGACCUCAGGUUGAAAACCACCACUGUAGAUCAAAUGUUCAAAUCCCAAUGCUAAAGUGUGUAGCUUUUUCCCUUCUAGGAAGUAUAUUUAAGAUCCAUGAAAGUUUCUUUGCUAAAGAUUGUAUGUGUGAAGGAAAACAGUGCAGCAAAACUGAUGCAGUAUUAGUGCCUUGAUUUUUCUGUUAAAAGUUCAGUUUUACAAAUAAAUGAUGCCUAGUGUCUGA